AUCUCAUGCAUGGCUGCCAGUAAUGGUCUACUGGGUGUCAGCUUUUAUUGGCACGGCACAAAGCAAGUGCCAAGGGUUCGGAGGCUCGACUCCCCGCUGCAGACUGCUGGAUAAAAGCAAGCAAAAUGCCUCAGCCGAGCUCACAGACAUAGUCAUGUUGGGCUGGAACGAGGAAGUGCAGUGGAGAGGGGAGGGACUCAGGGCGCAGCUCCAUGGGGCCGCCGCGGCGCUGCGACCUUCUGCACAUGGAGCCGGGGAGAGUUGGAAGAACUUCAUACUGCAAACUCAAGGAAUAGCAGAGUACUUGCACCGCAUGGAGACAGAGGAGGCCCAGGAAAUGGCCCAGAUGCCAGGCAGGGACAGCCCCACUACCAAUGAAACAUCUGAGGAGGUAGAGGAGCCCAUGGCCGUCCCCGAGGACCUGUCAGCCAGCUCCGCCCACCAGCAGAACAACCGGGGGGACAAAGCCUGUAAUAUUAAAGUUGAGGCUCGCAGUGAUGAGGAGAAUGGGCUGGCCUGUGACAUGAAUGGCGUGGAGGAGGAGGAGUGUGCGGAAGACUUGCGCGUGGUUGAUGCCUCGGGGGCCAAGGUGAACGGCUCACAGCCGAGCCCCGAAGCCAAGGCCUUCUCCUCAGCUGGCGGUAUUCGGCUGCCCAACGGGAAGCUCAAGUGCGAUAUCUGUGGGAUAGUUUGCAUUGGCCCCAAUGUGUUGAUGGUGCACAAGCGAAGCCACACUGGAGAACGUCCUUUCCAGUGCAGCCAGUGUGGUGCCUCUUUCACCCAGAAGGGCAACCUGCUGCGCCACAUCAAGCUCCACUCAGGGGAGAAACCCUUCAAGUGUCACCUGUGCAGCUACGCCUGCCGCAGGAGGGAUGCCCUCACCGGCCAUCUACGCACCCACUCAGUUGGGAAACCGCACAAGUGCGCCUACUGUGGACGUAGUUACAAGCAGCGCAGCUCUCUGGAGGAGCACAAGGAGCGGUGCCACAACUACCUGCAGUGCAUGGGGCUGCAAAACAGCAUCUACAGAGUAGUAAAGGAAGAAAGCAACCAGAAUGAGCAGAGGGAAGACUUAAGCCAGCUGGGAUCUGACAGAGCCUUGGUGCUAGACAGACUAGCUAAUAAUGUAGCUAAACGUAAGAGCACUAUGCCACAGAAGUUUGUGGGGGACAAACGUUUGUCAGAUCUCUCUUACGAGGGAGGAGCAGGCGAGUUAAUUCAGCCCCACGUCAUCGACCAGGCAAUCAACAGCGCCAUCAGCUAUUUAGGAGCUGAAUCACUCCGGCCUCUGGUUCAGACCUCCCCAGUCUCCUCUGAUGUGGGUCUUAACUCCAUGUAUCCCCUCCACAAGACGACAACAGAGGGCCAUGCAGGGACAGGCUUGUCAGCCAAAGACAGUGCGGCUGAGAACCUGCUGUUGCUCUCCAACUCCAAGUCUGCCUCCAGUGAGAAGGAUGGCUCUCCCAGCCACAGCGGCCAGGACUCCACAGACACCGAGAGCAACAAUGAGGAUCGCCCAGGCGGAGCAGCCACUAGUCUCAUCUACCUGACGAACCACAUCACAUCAGGGGUGAGGAACGGCGUGCUGCCUCUGGUGAAGGAGGAGCAGCAGAGGCAGUAUGACACCAUUCCAACCAACAUGGAGAUGGCUUCUGAGGGCUUCAAAGUGAUGACGUCCAAUGGGGAUCAGGUGAGGGCAUACCGGUGUGAACACUGCCGUGUGCUCUUCUUGGAUCACGUCAUGUAUACCAUUCACAUGGGCUGCCACGGCUUCAGAGACCCCUUCGAGUGCAACCUCUGUGGUCACCAGAGUCAAGAUCGCUAUGAGUUCUCCUCUCACAUAACUCGAGGGGAGCAUCGCUACUGAGCCUCUUUUGUCAAAGAGUGCACACACAUACACACUGUCACACAGACAAACAAUGUGGAAUACAACACAUGCUACACAGAUAUCCAUCAGCAAAAAAUGCAUAGAAAUACUUCAUGUAAAAUACACUCAUAAUAUCUGUGUGUUAUGUUUUUAUCAAAUUUAUGCAUGUUUGUUGACCACAGAUAGAUGUAUACAACUGUUAAAACCAUUUUCUUUCAUUUCUGAUAAAGUGGUCAAGGGAAAUAUUAACAAAUCUUUUUUAAGAGGGAAGAAAUGUAAAGGAAGACAGGAAAGCCUAUCUGUUGCUGAUAUGAACCCUUUGUAAAAAAAAAUGUGGUGAAAGAAGCCUUGACAUGACCCAUUUUCAUGGUUUCUAAAUCACAUCUGUAAGUGGUAAAAAAUGUCUAAAUGUAUCCUGGUUCUAGGAUUUUAAAAUAAGAUUCUCUCUUUUAUAAACAUUUUUGCAAGAGUUAACAUUUCUGCAAGCGUAUUCAGAGCUGGCAAAGCCAUGGUAACCCUGAUGAUAAAUAAACACAAUCUUAACACUGUAGAUAAAGCCACAUGUUCCUGUUAUGUUUAACUUUUGUUUGUAAUGACCUUCAUAUUAUUUAUAGAACAUUUACAGGCUUGUCUGUUUUUGUAUUUAUUACAGUAAACGUUUGUUUUAUUGGGUUGCAAAAGCCUCAACAGAGCACCCACAACUGCUGUCAUGUCUUAAAUAUUAUUAAAAAAAAGGUGGACUUUUUAUUUUUAAAAUUUGUGUAAAGAAUUGUUAAAUCAAGAAGAAAAUGGGGGUUAGGUCUGCUCGAUGGUGUUUUAUGUGUGCAAAUGACCAAUAAAUAAUAUUUUAUAUAUGCA